UCGCCUGGCCGCUGAGGGGACUGCAGUGGGGGCGUCCCGCAGCAGCUGCUGCACUUGUUGCUGUAGCUCGCGCCCUCGAUCUACCGCCUCCCCCCUCUUCCCUGGGCUCUCCCCUUGGUCUCGCCCCGCGCGGACCAUAGCGACGGCGGGCGCGCCGAGGCAAGAUGGCGGUUGUGGCCCCGGUGCCGCUGCGGGCUCCGUGAGUGCCGCGCUCGCUCUGCGCCCCGUCCCCUCCUCGCUCCUGCGCCCGGCUCCGCCCGGCUGCCCUCCGCCUCUUCUCCUUGCCCGCCGGGGCCGUAGGGACCAUGUCGGACUCGGAGGACGAGGAGAGUCCGGACCGCCAGCUCAAGCUGGUGGUGCUGGGGGACGGCACCACUGGCAAGACAUCCUUAGCUACACGAUUUGCCCAAGAAACAUUUGGAAAGCAGUACAAACAAACCAUAGGACUGGACUUCUUCUUGAAAAGGAUAUUAUUGCCAGGAAAUUUGAAUGUUACUCUUCAAGUGUGGGAUGUAGGGGGACAAACGAUAGGAGGCAAAAUGCUGGAUAAAUAUAUUUAUGGAGCUCAGGGUGUUCUCUUGGUUUAUGAUAUUACCAAUGGCCAGAGUUUUGAAAAUUUAGAAGAUUGGUAUAAUGUGGUAAAAAAAGUGAAUGAAGAAUCAGAAACACAACCACUUGUGGCCUUGGUUGGAAAUAAAAUUGACUUGGAGCAUAUGCGCACAGUGAAAUCUGACAAGCACCAGCGAUUUUGUCAGGAAAACAAUUUCAGUAGCCAUUUUGUGUCAGCCAAGACAGGAGAUUCUGUCUUCCUGUGUUUUCAGAGAAUUGCUGCUGACAUACUCGGCAUAAAAUUAAACAAAGCAGAGUUGGAACAAUCACAGGGUGAAGUUGAGGAGUUUAGCUUAAACUGCUGCUGAAAGUUGUUUUAAAGUGAAGCUGCCAGACUUUGUGCUGAAGUGGAUGAGGUGCAAGUACACGUUACAUUCCACCAGCUCUCCUUUGGCAGCAAUGAUCUCCAGCAGAGGAAUAGGACAGACAUUUGAGGGUGGUAAGUUUUUAAACUAUCUCAGCUAGAGCUACUAACCCUUGUCUGUUAACAUGCUGAGAUGACUGUUAAUCAAACCUUUAUUUGGAUAAAACUGUGGUGAAACAAAGAACUAGAUUACUCUUUAUGCGUGACUGGAAAGCAGAGCAUGUUUUUCGAAAUGGAAUGGUUCCAAAGUAAGAAAAUUGCAGAUUCUGACUUAUUUUCAGUCCUCAAAAUACUCUCCCUUUUAAAUUGCAAGGGUCUGAUGAAAUUUGAGGAAAUAGCUCCUUUACUAAUCAAAUGUUUUUCUUUCUAUAUUUUUUACUUUCAGCCGUAGUGUAAAAACUGCAUGGGGUACAGCUUUGUUCCUUGGCAUUGGCAAGAGCGAGCAUUUUUGCAAGUGAUGUGUAGUUUUCUCUCUAACUAAAUGCCAAUUCAGCAAACUAGUGUGUGUGCGCCAGCUUUGUACAAUAAAAUGUUUGGCAGAUAAGUCAGACCUGGAAUACAGAGCACCUGCACCAAGAAAGGUUAUUUCUCAUUAUUGACAGUGAUUUGAACCAUGGCAAUGAUACGCCUCACAUAGAAACCGAUGCAAAGAGGCCCACGUUUUUAAUUACCAUGAAGUUAAUAAAAGAAAUGUUGCAGUGGUAUUUUUUUAGUCUUAUAUUUGGAUGAAAUUCCUUUAGAAAAUCCAAGUCAUUUAUGAUAGUCAGUUUCUUGCUACAGUGUGUCUGAGCAUGGGUCACUAACCUGCCUGUGUUUACAGGAUGGGAUUUAGACCAAUGUUUUGAGGAACAAUUAAUUGCCUACUGAUUGCAAGACUAUUUUUUUCUUUUUUUUUUUUUUUCCCCC